UACAGAGAAGUCGACUACUGUGGCCUGCACAAUUUUCGCCCAACCUUAUCAGGACAUUCAGACAACGUUCCGCGGCUGCACAACUAGAUAGGCGACACAGAACGACACCAGCAUGAAGUCCUUUCUCCUUCUCAUAGCUGCCGCCUGUCUUGCCCUGGUGUAUGGCCAGAACACCACGUCCUGCAGUGUGGCCUCCGAGUGUCCGUCCUUCAAGUGCUGCCAGCAAGUCAAAACAUGGCCCCAGGUUGGAAAGAGGGCCCUCGGGGAGUGCCGGCCCAUGAGAACACAGGGACAAAGCUGCUGGGUGAAGAACAGGGGCCUUGACGGCACACGGCCGAUGCAGAUGAUCGACAUGUGCCCGUGUGAGGCGGGACUCAGGUGUGUCGGAAUGGGGGCCUUCGUCCAACCACAGGGAGAAGCAGGUAACUGCGCGAUGUGAAGGUCGCUUGUCAUAACCGGUACCACGUGGGACGAUUGUUAAAUAAAGAUCAUAGAACGUU